CGUUCCUACAGUGAAAACCGCGGGCUUAGCGCCAUCUUCUGGCAAAUAUAAUCCUUUAGUUUUAGGGUUUCAUCUUUUUUUUUCGACAUUAUAACCAACUUUCAUGGUCAUAGAAAAAAUACGUAGCAACAAUGGCGAAAAGGAUACUUUGUCCUCCGAUACGAGCUGACGUCAAUUUAAAGUUUCGCCAAGCACCGGUUGACCUGCUCACCGACUUUCUUAUCAACCUCAACAAAAUAAACAAGGAUAACCUUCAAGGUUUGUCAAAAUGUAGCGGAGACUUCAAACACAAAAGACUCGUUGAGUACGUCUUCCUGAUAACUAAAGAGCUGAGACUCGACCCGCUGGCUGGAUACCAUGCCAUUGAAUUACUGCAAAGGUUCAUGGUCAGUCAUCUUACAGAUCUGCUCGCCACACCCACACCUCCGGGUGCAGCUACUGAUCUGCCGGGAAGUUAUGAGGAGGCUAUUUUUGACAAACUCAAGGAUAAAUUCCACCUCAUCAUCUUCUCCUGUGUCCAGGUGGCGAGCAAACUCUCUUUGCACAGUCAAAUUAUUGACAACAACACUGCUGUAAACUUCCUGCAUUCAGUCGGAUACAGUGUUUCCAAACAGAAACUCCUGGAGUCAGAGCUGAUGGUCUUAAAGGGGCUUGAAUUCAGGUUAAAUAUCCCAAACCCACUCACAUAUGUGGAAAUACUUCUAGAAGUGCUUGGACACAAUGAGCCGUCCAUCCCCGUGGAGCGCCUCCACCACCUUUGCCACCACAUUCUCCAGUUCGUCAGCCUGCAGAGGGCGGCCAUCUACGACACCUUGUUAAGAACUACCACUCAGUGCAUCAGACCAUCCAAGGAACAGAGAGAGAAGUUUCAGACAGUGACUGAAGACUGCAUGCUUCUUGGAGUCGGCGUCAUCACCGUGGCCACAUUCAUCCUGAAUGUUAGAAACUGGGAACAGGUCAUUGGAGAACUGAGCCACAUCACAGGAAUCUCGAUGAGGAGCAUCUCUGAUUUCGCUCGUGUGACACUGGGGCACAUUGUUGGCACCAGUUCCCCUGCAAAAUAAUCUGUGACACCUUUAUUAUUUAUUUGCAUCACUU